AUGGAUGAUAUCAUAAAUUUGCAUAUUUUAAAGUCUGGUAUUUAAUUAGGUUUUGUUUAUAGUAAAAUACUUCAAAAAUCAUUAUUUAAUAACUAGCUGUAAGUAAAUAAAUAAUUUAUAAAGUAGAAAGAGACUCUGACAAAAAUGGGAGGAAGCAAUUCAACAAGCCAAUAACUUUAGGAAAAAUAAUUAUUAGGUAAGAUAGAUCCUGAGAAUAUUCCUAAAUGCAAAGAUCAUUAGGAGGAGAGUUUGAUGUUUGUUUGCACUGAUGAGAAAUGCAAAAAUAAAAUGGAAAUAAUUUGUAGGGUUUGCGUUUCAAAGUAAAGAGACAACAUACAUCGAAACCAUAGAGUGUAAAGCAUCAAAGAAAUAAUACAGGAGGUUAUUAGUAACUUUAAAAGAUUAGAUGCUUUAGGAGUAAAUAAUAAUAAUGGAAAUUUAAAUAGCAGCAUAAAUAUGAACUCUAAUAUAUCUAGCAAUACACCAAAUAGAUCAUUUAAUAAUUUAUCUAACAAUAUUUUAACUUAAGGCAUUCCGAGUGAUUAGGAUAUCGAAGAAAGUUUCAAAAAAUUAGCUUAAGAUUUCAUGAUACUUUCUCAAAAUUGCAAGGAAUUAAGUGAAUAAAUUAUGCACUUUUUAAUCUUAUCAAAAGAAGAUGGAAAGAAAAUAGAAAUAGAAAAUACUCGUGCACAAACUAAAAAAAUAAUAGUUGAUAUAUCAAAUAUGUGUUCUAACCCAAAUAUAUCUGGUUAUUAACAAAGUGUAAAGAAACUAGAAUAGUAUUUAAAGUUUAAUGGGAUUAAGGCAAAAUUUAUAGAUAGCGAUGGUAAUCUCAAGAAACAAGUAAAAAAAGGUACAUCAGAUUGGCUUAAUAGCAUUUGGGAAGAAAUGAAAACAAUGACAUAAGCAGUUUUAAAUAUAAAGAAUAUUGGGCCACUUCCUUCUUACGUAGAAAUGUUGGAAUAAAUGUAAAAAAAGGUUAAAGAAUAAUAAACAUAGUAUUAGCUAAAUGAAUAUUUAAAAUAGUAGUAGUAUCUUCAAGAAUAGCAAUUAUUAAAAUAGCAAGAACUAGAAGAGCAAAUGAGGCAAGAGACUCAAAAAAGAUAGGAAAUCGAGGAAUUUUUACGUCAACAAAAAGAAGAAGAAGAAAAUGAAAUUAAGAGAAUAUAAGAAGAGAAGAUUAGAGAUUUUUAGUCACGAAAGCAAUCACUUGUUAGGCAAAGAGAUAAUUUAGUAAAUCAAAUGGAGUAUCAUGUUCAAAAUUGCCACAACAACCAUUGCAAAUAUGUUGAAUGGGUAACGAUUCUAGAAUAUUUAAUUCUAGUUUAUUUGAGAAACGAUAUUUUAACAUAUGACAUUCUAUCGUAAAAAGGGAAUCGAGGUUUAUUUAUUUUGAAGAGAAUUCAAUAGUUAAUCAUUACUAAUUUUAUAUAUAAAAUGGCGAAAAUAUUAAAAUCAGACACAAGUAAAAAAUUAAGAUUUUGA